GUUAGCUGCCGCUGUGGCUCCGCGGUGUGAAACUCGGAGGAAACAGGAACAAACAGGACGAUUCAGGCUUUAGUCAGUUGGUCCGCUGCAUGUCCACGGGCUGGGAAGAAUAAUCCACAGGUUCGGCAGAGAUUCUGGCUCUGGAAACCCCGGGACUGCAACAGGAAGCACGGGGAACCGAGGCUGAGAUUGGCUCGGUUAUUUCCGGAGCGGAUCCCGAAGUGAAGCAGGGAAGGAGAAAGGAAGAUGGAGACCCGCAGUCCUACAUUUUGAGCUUGGCAAAUCCGUCCUGGGAAAAGUUGAACUGGGAGCCAUCCGGAACCAUGGCCCAGCAGCUCUUUGGGUUCUCAGCCAACCGGCGUAUCGUCACCGGCCUGCUGGUCAACCUCUUCUCCUCCAUCUGCAUCGUCUUCAUCAACAAGUGGAUCUACGUCCACUACGGCUUCCCCAACAUGACCCUCACCCUCGUUCAUUUUGUGGUCACGUGGUUGGGACUCUACAUCUGCCAGAAAAUGGACAUUUUCUGUCCAAAAAGCCUACCAGUGCGCAGGAUCAUGUGGUUGGCACUCAGCUUUUGUGGCUUUGUGGCCUUCACCAACCUCUCUCUGCAGAACAACUCGAUAGGAACGUACCAGCUGGCCAAAGUCAUGACCACACCCGUCAUCAUCCUCAUCCAGACCACAUAUUACAAGAAGACCUUCUCUACCAAGAUUAAGCUGACGCUAGUACCCAUAACUUUGGGGGUGAUAUUGAACUCCUACUACGACGUGCGUUUCAACCUGUUGGGGACGGUUUUUGCCACACUGGGGGUUCUUGUCACUUCACUUUACCAAGUGUGGGUGGGGGCGAAACAACAUGAGCUCCAGGUGAACUCCAUGCAGCUUCUCUACUAUCAGGCUCCUCUGUCCUCCGCCAUCCUCCUCGGGAUCAUCCCGCUGUUUGAGCCGCUGGCCGGAGAUGGCGGGAUAUUCGGACCCUGGUCACUGCCUGCUCUGGUGGCGGUGCUGUUCUCAGGCGUGGUGGCGUUCCUCGUUAACCUUUCCAUCUACUGGAUCAUUGGGAACACUUCGGCUGUAACCUACAACAUGUUUGGUCAUUUCAAGUUCUGCAUCACUCUGAUUGGAGGAUAUCUGCUCUUCCAUGACCCGCUGUCUCUCAACCAGGCGUUGGGAAUCCUUUGUACACUGGCAGGAAUCCUGUCCUACACUCACUUCAAGCUGCUUGAACAGGAGGAGGGAAAAAGCCGCCUGGCUCAGAAGCCAUAGGCUGACCUCUGACCCCUCACAGCAACCAGAUGACGAAACCUCCUAAGAUGUCUCAGAAUGUCCUUUAGAGGAACAAAACAUUUCUUUAAAAUUUUACUCUUCAGGAAGAGAAGUGGAAACAAAUCGCAGCAUCGCCUCGACUCAAAAUCCAAAGCAGUGUUAGCUUCAAAAAACAUUUUCAUUUUCAACAUAGACCAGGAUAACGGCCUUUCAGGAGUUUUUGCAUGGACAGAUUUGGGUCUGAGUUUUCUGCAGAAUGUCCUGCGAAUUAUUGAGAUUUAGUUGACAAACUGGACGGUUUUAGAACAACGGUUCAACAGAAAUCAGACAAAGCGUUUACCAGCAGCUUCCUCUGACGCUGCCUGUUCUGCACAUCGUUUGCGCUGCCACUCAUCAUGGUUCAUUUUAGGUAUUUAAUGAUUUAUUUACUCAUAUUCUAGGGUGAAUUUGAUUAUGUAAAACAAAGAUUGCCUUUUUAUCAAUCAAGUUUUAAUCACACAGGAUUUUUACAAAAAAGCAAAAAUACACACCCUUUAAUGUUUGGUUAAAUGUUUGAGGAGCAAAGAAGUCGACUUUUUUAGAUCAUCCACUCCAACUACAUAAAGUCUUACCAAGCAUUUUUGUCUAGUUUCUAGUUCAAAUAUCUUAGUACACUUUAAAUAAGACAAAACUAACUUAAUAGUAAUUUUUCAGCAACAAAUAGGAACCUGAUUUAGCUCAAAAUUUCUUAAUAUUGAUGAAAAAGUAUUAGUUCCACUGGCAGAUUUUCUCUAGCAGUUUUUCAUCAAAUUUAAGGAAUUAACUUAAAAUAAAAAAUAAGAUACUCUUGCUGAAAAGUUACUUGUUUUUAAUUCUGUCUUAUUUCAAGUGUACUAAGAUAUUUGCAUUAUAAACUAGGCAGAAAUUAGGGGUUUUUGCAGUGCUGUCUUGUUGAACCCGAGUUAAGUAGACGUCUAGCUAACAAUGGACUAGCUCUUGGGCAAGGUGGUGGUGGUAUCAUGCUACAGGGAUGCACAAAAUGAACGGAAAGAAUAAAGAUGGUGGACUACCUCCACAUUUUCUGGCUUCACCUCAAGUCAACAGCUAGAUGUUUGAAACUGGGACUCAGUUUGAUGAAUCAGGAAACCAAAACUUUACCUGGAGGAAUCAGUUUUAGCUGAUAACUCACUUUUUUCCUGGCUGAAUGUAACCUCAGACAUUUCAGCGAUCCAGUUUUUUUUCCUUGAAUGGAUUCAUUUCAGUUUUAUUUUUACAGCAAAACAUAAUCAUGCUUUAAUUGUCGUUCAGUAUUUUUUACCGAUUUCUUUAUUUUAUUAAUUUAGUCUGGCUUAUUAUUUUCUGUUUGUAGCUUAAUUACAUUCUGCAGUAGAUUUCUUUUUUUAUUCUUUGUCUUUUUGUUUAUGUUUUGUUGUUUUAAUAUGGAUUAAAGUGAGUUGUAAUAAAUCGGGUUGUAAUGAGAAAUUCCAAUUUUCUGCAAUAAACUGCUGAAAUUAUGCUAUAA